AUGGCAAGCACACGGCAACUCGUUAUUCCCACCAAGCUACAUGACAAUGGUCCCUUCCACGUUUCCAAUCUAACCCAGGAGAGCGCAGACAAACUUGCACAGCUUCUGACCUCGAAUCAUGACAAGUAUCACCUGAGCUACCACCAGUUUGGUCUUCAUAACCAUAUUCUUCAUCACCUCCUGUGCAUCUACGCUCUUGGGGCUACUCCGCUGCAGAUGGAAAAAGCUUUCGACUUGAACGCUGUCUAUCAGCUGCCUUCGCACUACGCUGAUUCAGGGCACGCACAGCAAUUAGCUGACCCGGUAGAGUUCAAGAAGUGCCUCGGAGAUUCCAAAUACUUCAAUGACUACUUCCUCUUUUUCCGUAAGGAAAUUGAGACCCAUGGAAUUCCAGCGACGGUCAACACAUACAUCUUUGGCGAUGAUGAGGGAGCUGCCGACAUGUUCGACAGAUUUUUUGGGGGCUAUCUGCACUGCAUCAUCCACCUUGGCUAUGCCCUCGAAUACAUGCAGCCGUUCUUGGUCGCUGAGGCACUAGCCUCAACCGCCGUCCAUCUCCCUGAGCUCCAUGAUUUUCUUGUUCCAACUGAAAAAGUUGCACCCUCUACUGCAAGUGCCUCACAGGUGGAGAUAUUCGAGCAAAUACGUACAAACGCGAGGAUCCGCAGUGCAAUGCAUUAUGACUAUAUCGACAAGAUCAAUGACGGUUUGAUUGGGGAAGCCGGUGACGAAUUGUUCAGGGUCAUCAGCCAGUGGAAGGUUUCGGUCGACGAGGUAGAAGCCAAGGCUGCUGAGCUGUUCAACGCAUGCGUGUACUACACAACUAUGGCUCAGAGGUCAAAUAAGCAGAUUCGUUUCGACUUCAUGCUGAUGCACACUGUAACCACUGCUACAUUCCUUCCAAUUUAUUUGAAGACCGACUGGAUCAAGCCCGAGUCAAAAGCUCGCCUCGUCGAGUGGCUUGGCCGAGCCAAUCUGUUACUCUAUGCUGAAUGCGGUGCCCCAGAACCUCGUCCAGAGGAGCUCAAGACUUACAAGCCACUUCAUCCAUCUGGAUGGGACGGUGUGUUCCAACGGGCCUGUGAGUAUGAAGAUGAUGGCCAUACGUCCAAAUUUGUGCGCGGAAUUGCAACCGUUGCGCAGAUGACGAAGCAGUGUGAUAAGAACUUGAGCUUCAAGCUCACUGAUCAAGAAGACUUCUUGACCAUUGCCCAUAUGAUCAUUGACAGUGUGGAGAAUUUCGACAAGUCUGCUGAUCACGAGGUUCAUGAGGUUCGCAAGGUGUCCCUUUACCCUCGAAUCACAGAGCCCGAGGUGCAACUUGUGAUUGCUCGGUGGCCUAGAUAUGUCGGCUUUGAACAGGGUUGGCACCAUGUGCCGGACAGGCGGGAGUUACACCUGUAG